AUGGACCAAUCAGGUUUUCCCACGAGCGACUACUGCUCGUCGAUUGUGCGUCUCCUCCAUGCAGUCGAAUAUCAUGACACGAAUUGGGAUCGUCAGGACCGCAUCGAAGCCCUACGAACCAUCCAUGCGGGCACGGUCGCUCACUUCUCCAGACCUCUGCCGCAGCGGGCUCUGGAGGGAGUCAAUCCCCAACGCCUCUUGACGUUGACCCGGGUCAUGCCCGAAUUGGUCGUGUCCGCUUGGAGUCGGGUGCCGGUCAACAUCUUGACCGACAUCAACACCUUCUUGACCGUCAUAGCCAUCCUGGACGACCAUCCCAUCAGCCUGGAAUCGGACGUCCUAUCGACGUUCUGGACCGAUCUCCUGCAAGGCAAGGAGCAGAAACACCCCAUGUGGGUCUUGUUCAACGACUGCCUGCCGAACCUCCUGAGACACUACGAUCCCUUUUCAGCAUGGAACAUCAUGCGGAGCACGUUUGACUUCUUCCAGGGUUGCUGGAUCGAGGAAUCCUCGUUUCAGGGAUAUCCUGGCGCGGGGAGCUUCCCGGGGUUUCUGCGGCGGAUGAACGGCCUCGGCGGAGUCGUGGCCGGGACGUUGUUUCCAGCCUGCGACUUCAAUCAGAAAGAGCUGUUCCAGGAAUUGACCUGCGUCACGGCCCACAUGGAUGGUGUGGUGACGUUGGUCAAUGACCUGCUCUCCUAUUACAAGGAAUUCGACAAGUACGAGGCGAACCUCGUCUCCAACUGGUGUGUCACCGACGGCAUCGACCAACAGCAAGCGCUACAGAGGUUGACCGAACAAUCGAUCCACGCAUGCAAGCAGCUGCUGGGCGUGGUCGCCGGCCGAGAUCCCAAAGUCGGCGAGACCAUCCGAUGCUAUAUCCAUGGCUACAUCUCGUCCCAUUUCUGCAGCGAGCGGUAUCGGCUGAGCGAGGUCUACGAGAAGGCGACAGGACCCGAUGUCGAGGCCUUCCGAGGGUUCUAUGAGAAGGGCAUGGACGCGGCCAUGGUCAGUCCGGCGCAGUGGACGUUGCCGAUGGAGCAAUUACGAUCGAAGUUGGUGUCGAAGCCGGCGGGCGUCGACUCGGGGGAUGAUGCCUUCGUCAAGGCUGCCAUGCCCAACCCUUUGAAACAAACAUCUUGA